AUGUCGAACAAAGUCAAGCAUGGUGCAAUAGCAAAAAGAAGCUCUACUCCUGGUCCAGGCAGCAGAAGCAACGGUCACCCUCCUCCGAACCGGAAACAAGUUAGAUUCGGAGAUGUAACAAUACAAACAAAUGCUCGACCCUUCAUGGAGCUGAUCAACAACGAGCAAGCUGGUUCGCGGCAGCAACCAUUGGUCAUUAUGGACGACGAAGGUCUGGACAACGAAGACCUCCACAUGCUGGACGACGAGGAUCUCCACAUGCUGGACGACGAGGAUCUCCACAUGCUCAAAGUGUACGGAAAUGACUCCCUAUAUAUCAACAUUCCAGACAUCCUAAAAGUCGAAGAUGCAGAUCCAGCUCUCGUGCUGAACCACUUGAGAACAUACCGGGAAGUCUCAAAGGAGAAUUGGAAAGACGAUCCAGGCCGCGAUGUGGAGCUCAGAGAUGGCACAUUCAUGCGCAUCCUGGCCAUGGACAUAGACGACAGUGGUGAGCGUUGGGUUAGAGGCCGAAGACUCUUCCCACAAAACACACGGGACCUUUUGAUGCCACCGACUGUUAGAGAGCUUGUAUGGGUUUCGUUUUUCGACCUCAGUGGCAAUGAACGCAAGAAAGAAGUCAGAGUCCGCUUCUCAGAGAUUUCGAGGACAUGCAAGAUCGUCUUUACCAAUUUGCCAUGCAAGGUCUUCAGCAAUCAGUGCAUGCCAAAUGGCGAGGAGGGGGGAUACCUUUUCUGCCGCUGGCGGAGAGUGCUUUCACCAAAGGAGAAAGAUAAUAAGGAGAAAGAUAAGAAGAUCAUGGUCCACAAGCACAGAUUUGGGGAAAUCGCGCGUCUCCAAGCCCAUCACGCAGAUGAUGAGCAUUUUCAGUUCAAUGGAGCAUCUAUCUGCUCUCGGACGGACCGUCCCGCAUUGCGACAAUACUGGCGCGGACCAAAACACUGCACACUGAAAGGGACUGCACUUCUAGAAGUCGCAGACGACAUAUUAGAGCAGAAGUACACGUUCGGAGAUGCCUUUUGCGGUGCUGGAGGCGUGACUCAAGGGGCAACAAGUGCUGGACUUGAACCUCGAUUCGCAGUCGACUUCUGCGCCUCAGCUGUCCAGACAUACCGCAAGAUGUUCGCUGGUCACCGUGACUUGGAUAUUCGAGGCGAGGAUAUCUAUAGCUUCAUCAGUGUUGCCAAGCGGACAGCUCGAUACGUCGUCGACAUCCUGCAUAUGAGCCCACCUUGCCAGCCAUUCUCACGCGCCAACACUAUUCCAAAUCUUUCCAAGAAUGAAAAAAACACCAAUACCCUUCUUGCCGUAGGCGACCUCCUUGAGGUCUGCAAGCCACGUAUCGUCACACUCGAGGAGGCCGAUGGGUUCUUGGACGAGAAACAUCGACUGUGGUUCCGCAAGCUUCUCUCAUUCUUUGUCGAAAUGGAGUACAGUCUGGAGUGGAGAUGCGUUUGGUUGAAACACUAUGGCGUUCCACAGUCGAGAAAGCGGCUGAUCAUAAUCGCUUCUGGACCUGGAGAAGAGCUCAUUGACUUUCCUGCACCAACGCAUGGGUCGGAGCCAGGGUUGAUGCCCCUGCCAAGCAUAGGUGAAGCAAUUGCAGACAUUCCGCGCGAUCCUAAGCUCCAUGAUCUUGAAAAAGCCACGCGCUUUUCAGAAGAGAAAGCAGAGAUUGAUCCGACUGGCGUCGCCGGCACUCUUACGUGCAAUGGUGGAAUGAACGUGUACCAUCCAAGUGGCGAACGCAACUAUACACUGGGCGAGUUGGCAGCUUUGCAGACGUUCCCACCAGGAUAUGCCUGGUCUGGCACUGAGGGGGACAUCAAAAAGCAGAUUGGCAAUGCUGUGCCUCCAGCAUUCGCCCAGAAGUUGUUUGCAUGGAUUAGGAGUAGGAUGAUGGCAGCGGAUGAGGCUGAGAUGCGUGGAUAG